AUGGUCAAGGAGACAGAGUUUUACGACUUGCUCGGCGUGUCCCCCUCGGCGGACCCACAGACCAUCAAGAAGGCGUACUACAAGCUUGCGCAAAAGUACCACCCGGACAAGCCUACGGGCGAUGAGGAGCUCUUCAAGAAAAUCGGACGGGCCUACGAGGUGCUUUCCGACCCAACCAAGCGUGAAAACUACGACAACUAUGGCGAGAAGGGCAUAGAAGGCCAGCCAAUGUCCGGCAGCCCGUUCGACAUCUUCAGCAUGUUCACGGGUGGAGGCCGUUCUUCCAACCGUGGCCCCAAGCAAUGCCAGCCGAUUGGACAGGAAGUCUCCUGUACCCUCGAAGAGCUCUACACCGGAAAGCGCACGUCUGUCUCCGUAAAGCGCCAGCGUCAGUGCUCGCAGUGUAACGGCGUAGGUGGCAAGACGGCAGACGCCAUCAAGAAAUGCCCCGAUUGCAAGGGUAACGGAGUCGUUGUUAUCACGCAGCAGAUGGGGCCCAUGAUUACGCAGCGCCAAACGACCUGUAAGUCAUGCAGCGGGACAGGAGAACGCAUCACCGAUCCGUCACUCAUCUGCCCGAAGUGCAAGGGCAAGCGCGUAAUGGUAGAUAUGGCAAAGAUUGACGUCCACAUCGAGCCGGGAGCGUUUGAUGGCUUCCAGAUCCCUCAUUACGGCGAAGGCGACUGGGCUCCUGACUGCACCGCAGGCGAUCUAGUCAUCAUUGUCAAACAGGUCCCACAUAAGAUUUACACGCGAAAGGAGGCAGAUCUGUUCAUGACAAAAGACAUAUCUCUGGAAGAGUCUCUUUGCGGUUUCUCCUAUACCUUUACUCAUCUAAACAAGGAAAAGGUGACAAUCUACGUGCCACCCAAUGAACCAGUGCGACAAGGCAAAGUUCUGGCCUGUGAAGGCCUUGGCAUGCCGGUGCAAGGUCUCAGUCACGAAACCGGUACUCUCUUCAUCACGUUCAAUGUUGUGGAGCCUAAGUUAUUAACUGAAGAGCAGCGCAUGAAGAUCAUGGACAUCCUGGCGACGCCUGCGACGAGACAGUCCAUUGAGCUCGCUAAGACCCUGAAACAUGACGGUGUGACGACCUUCCAUCUCAAGUACAAGGAUCCGAACAUCAGAACUAAGGCGCAAGCAACUAGCUCCCGAAACGCAUAUGACACAGGCCGUGGCGAUGACGAUGAGGUGCAGGGCAGCGGUGGUGCGCAGUGCCAGGCGAUGUGA